UUUACGAACGAGCUCGAGUCGGGCUCCUUUUGUACUCCUCUCUCGAUCGCCGUCAAGCAGGGAAGUUCUUCCUAGUUCUCCACUGAUGGAGGAGCCAAUCCAGGGAUCAUCAUCUACUAUUCAUCAGCAACCUCAAAAUGAUAUUCAGGAAGAAACGACCUUCAAUGCCAAUCUCACCGAGACGCCCGCCGUCAAUGUCGUUCGGAAGCUGCUCUUUCGUCGCCUCCUGGUGGGUGUUAAGGACGGCCGCUUCUUCGUUGGCUCCUUCCAUUGCCUUGACAAACAAGGUAACCUCAUACUUCAGGACACCGUAGAAUAUCGAAGUAUACAUCGUUCCUCGCCAUCUCCUAUGGAACAACGUUGCCUGGGCCUAGUGCUUAUUCCCUUCUCAUGUCGUACUUCUUGUCAUGUUGAUUUAUCACUGGAUGAGCAGCUUUCUAUGUUAUCUCUGAGCAACAACCAGAGUUCCACAGAUGAACCUUGAAACUUAUUGCCACUUUUGUUCUUUGUUUGCAAACAUUGUUUCUUUUUGUUAGAAUGAAAUUGAAAUGGUUGUUAUGA